AAAAUGACUAAACCCGAUGAAGUGCAAGAAACACCGAUAUCGGGCAAGGAAGCUCCCCAGGUAGAGUCUUUUCUCGGAAUGGGGACAGACGAGCCCGACUUUUACAUAGACGUGCAGACGCAUACCAAAUAUCAUGAGUGUUACUGCUGCCACGUUCCGGAGCUAGCCCACAACGUGAUCAAGUUCGUCCUGUUUUUGUUUAACGUCCUCUUUUGGGUGAUCUCAUUCGUGUUGGUAGUGAUCGGAAUCUGGGCUUUGACUGUUAACGCCGACUACGGCAAUGCGCUCAGUGGAGUAAUGACUCCCUCUGUGAUGCUCAUCGCAUUGGGAGUUAUAAUCUUUCUCGUCUCCUUUUCCGGAUGUGUGGGCGCUCUCAGAGAAAAUACCUACCUACUCAAAGCUUUUAUCGCAAUCAUGGGCUGUGGAAUUAUUCUUCAGCUGAUUUUUGUGAUUGUAGUGUUCACGUUGAAUGGAAGGAUGCGAACAUCUCUGGACAACUUCUUUCAAAAGUCUACCAAGAAUUAUAACGAUGACGUGGAUAUCAAAAACAUUCUCGAUUAUAUUCAACAUGAACUGCAGUGCUGUGGAGGAGAAGGACCCAAUGACUGGGAGCUGAACAUGUACUACUCCUGUGACAGCAUAGCAGUGUCCAAGUGCGGAGUGCCUUUCUCAUGCUGCAGGGGUUUCGGUGAAGUGCACAACAACACGCAGUGUGGCUUCGGCGUGAGGGCGGGAAGUGAGGAAGACACAAUCAACACAGCACUAUCAGAUCGCAUUUUCACUGGGGGGUGUACCAACAGGAUCAUAGUCUACAUCAAUGAGAAUCUAUCCACCGUAGCCAUAGUGCUGCUCCUCUUCUUCCUCCCACAGCUGAUGAGCAUGUUCCUGGCAGUGACCUUCAUGGGCCAAGUGGAGGAUGAGAUCGAAUAUUGGAAGCAGAGAGAAGACAUGGAGAAGAGAGGAUACUACUUUCGCACCUGAUGACAUUACAUAAGCAGUUAUGACGUCAGAAAAAUUGCACCCUAUGAUGUAACAACUCAUAUUGUCUAUGAUUAUUAAAAAUACCAACAAGUGUUUAUUAUUUAAGUGUCUCCAAUCGUGUUCAAAAUUUCUAAUUCUAUUCGACUCCUAAGUUCUGCUUUCGAUAUCACGGAAAAGUUAUAUCUGCGGCCUUAAAUCAUGGGACGCAAUCAUCGCAAAUUAAACUCGCUUCUGUCUUUAUAGUCUUGAAGUUUCUAUAAUUUUUGUAGAUUCGAAAGUCUUUUUAUAGUACAUGCAAAUUUUAUACACUAUCCUGAAGUAUUCGGGCAAAUAGAAAAUGAAAGAUGUGGUUUUAAAAAAUUCAUAAAUUUGAGCUUGUUUGAAUUUAAAUAAAAAUACA